AUGAAACAAGGUGAUGAACAGUGUUGGAUGUGGAUGAUGAAGAAGAGACCAUCAUCAUCACAGCUUUUGAGGUCCCAUUUUGAAGUAUCCAUGGAGUGUUUAAGUGAUACAUGGGAAGAACAAGCAUUUGCAGAAGAUGCGGCCAGGUGUUUAAGGGGUUGUAUUUGGCCACCAAGGUCCUAUUCUUGCAGCUUUUGCAAUAGAGAAUUCAGGUCAGCUCAAGCUCUUGGUGGUCACAUGAAUGUUCAUAGAAGGGAUAGAGCUAAGCUUAAACAAUCCCUUAAUGAUCAUCAUCAAUAUCCCAACAAUGAAGAAGCUGCCUCUAAGUCUAAACCCCCAGUUGAUGAAGCAGCAUGCACUUUAGAUCACUCCAUUGAUUAUUCUACUGCAACAAAAAGGGCUUUCAAUGAUGUUGAAACCAGCUUGUCUGUUGGGUUGAGUUCUGUCUUGUUCCAAAACCGACCAGCUGUGACUUGUAAUAAGGAGGCAGCCAAUAACAAAAGACCCAAGGUUGCUGUUUCAACACUGCAAUGCUCUCCACUUCAAUGGCAGGUUCUUGAACUCAAGCCUGCAAGCUCCAUGGAAGACUUGGACCUUGAGCUCAGGCUUGGUGUUCUAUGA